CAACCGGGCGCAGGCGUACAUCCUGGAGCCGGUUAUCAACCUGGCGCAGGUCUACAACCAGGCGCAGGCGUACAUCCAGAAGCCGGUUAUCAACAUGGCGCAGGUCUACAACCAGGUGCUGGUCUACAACCGAGCGCAGGCGUAUAUCCAGGAGCUGGUUAUCAACCAGGUGCAGGUCUACAACCAGGUGCAGGUCUACAACCAGGUGCAGGUCUACAACCAGGUGCUGGUCUACAACCGGGCUCAGGCGUACAUCCGGGAGCCAGUUAUCAACCAGGUGCAGGUCUACAACCAGGCCCAGGCGUAUAUCCUGGACCUGGCUAUCAACCGGGCGCAGGCGUACAUCCAGGACCUGGUUAUCAACCAGGUGCAGGUCUACAACCAGGAGCCGGUUAUCAACCUGGCGCGGGUCUACAACCCGGCGCAGGUCUUCAACCAGGUGCUGGUCUACAACCGGGCGCAGGCGUGUAUCCAGGAGCUGGUUAUCAACCAGGUGCAGGUCUACAACCAGGUGCUGGUCUACAACCUGGCGCAGGCGUACAUCCAGGAGUCGGUUAUCAGCCAGGUGCAGGUCUACAACCAGGAGCCGGUUAUCAACCUGGCGCAGGUCUACAACCCGGCGCAGGUCUUCAACGAGGUGCAGGUCUACAACCUGGCGCAGGCGUACAUCCAGGAGCCGGUUAUCAACCAGGCGCAAGUCUACAACCUGGCGCGGGCAUACAACCAGGAGGCGGCUAUCAACUUGGCGCAGGUCCACAACCAGGAGCUGGCUACCAACCGGGUGCAGGUCUACAACCCGGAGCCGGUGUACAGUCUGGCGCAGGUCCGCAACCAGGAGCUGUUUAUCAACCUGGCGCAGGUCUUCAACCAGGAGCCGGUUAUCAACCAAGCGGCGGUCUUCAACCAGACGCAAGACUGCAGCCGGGCGCAGGUUACGCUCCCGGAUUUGGUGCCCAAGCUGCUGGACAGCCAGAACUCGGCGUACAACCUGGUGCAGGUUACAGACCAGGUGCUGGUGAUAUAUAUAGUGCUGGCGUGGGUGGAGUGCCAUCUGGAACAUACCCAUCACUUCCACAAGCAGUAUCGACUUAUGGUCCAGGCGUUGGCAUAGGUGCAGGUGCACCAGCAGGUGAAGCGUAUGGACAAGGUGAAGCACCAGGAUCCGGAACAUUUGCACCAAUAGGAGCAGCAGGAACUGGUGUAGGUGGUGUUGGUGGUACUGGUGUUCUGCCCGGUGGUGUGUCAGUAGAACCCGGAGCGGUAGGCUAUCCCGGUGCUGCUGCCCCUGGAGGGGGAGCAUUGGGUGAGUAUAAGGAGGAAGGUCCAAGCAGCUUGAUAACGGCAGCUGGAGCGGGAGGAGCAGAUGAUGCAUUCUCACAAGCUGAAUCUUCCAUUAGCGAUGGCCAAGCAGCGGCCAGUGCACAGGGCAAAAAGAAUGGUGGCACUGCCAAAACUCAAGUAUCCGGAACAUACAGUUCAACUGGAACAUUCAGUGCUAGCGCUUCAACUUCUGAUAGCGACCGUUCAGCGAAUGCUCAAGUGAGUGGAAAUAAUGAUGGAGCGAUGAGUCAAUCGCAAGGACAGGGUGGCGCGGCACAGUCGCAAUCUCAGGUUCAAGUCAACUCGAAGAAUGGCGGUACUAAAGCUUCUUCACAGAGUGGCGGCAUAAUACAUCAGAGCCAGAGCGAGGUACAAGCAAAUGACAAAGGAGGUUUGGCCGAUUCACAGUCUAGUGGGCCGGGACAAACUUCGUCGCAAGCUCAAAUCGGCUUUCGGCCUAAUCAAGAAGGUAGCGCUGCACCACCGACUAGCGGUGGAGGCCAAGCGUCUGCGCAAUCUGGCAGCCAUUCAGGCCAAAGUCAGUCGCAAAUUCAGGGCACAUCGAAGUUCGGCGUUUCCUAUCAUGGUGCCGCGCAGUCUGCUUCGGGCACUAAAGAGCAAGUGGCAAGCUAUCGCGAACAGAAUCGUGAAUUAUUCCACAGUAUAAGCCAAUUUGGUAACUCUGAUGGGGUGACUGAUCGCGUAGACGCCGUGUAUAGCGGGCCUGGCGUAUCAGCUUUAUCAGCUGAUGGCGGUGCUUUACCCGAUCUGGACUUAAAAUCUUCGAAGAGUGUCAAAGAAAUCGUCAACGCCAACAAAGUUACCGAUGACGAUUCUACAAUCAACGAAGACGAGGAGGAGGAGCCAUACGAUGAAUACGACGAUGAGGAUGAGUACUACAACGAAAACUCAAACGGAAAGCUGGACUCCAAAUCGGAUAGCAAAUCCGGAUCCGAUUCUCAAACACCUUACCGAACUUACUCACAAAAUUCACCAUCACAGAGCCAGCAAGCCGCUGUUCCAAGUUCAUCGGAUAAAUAUCUUUUGGUACAAAAUCAAAAUGGACGUGUUCAGAAAUAUCCCUUCCGAUCGACCACUGAAAUGGUGCCUCGCGGUUUCCGUGGUACCGUUAAUGUGGAGAAAAAAUUCCACCCUAAGGCUAUAAAAUCACAACCCACUGACAAUGACCUCGACAGCGUCGAGGAGCAGAGCACAAAUAAGCAACGCACUCCGGAUAGCUAUGUGACCGUGACCAAGUCGAUUACGGGUAGCAUGGAUAAUACAAAGAAUCCACCACAGGAAAAUAAAAAUUUCCAAUCGACUUACUAUACAAAGUCAUCGACCUGUGGGUAUUUUACAUUUUCCUGUAACAUAGUGUACGGUGCGAAUGGUCGCAGUAAAAUCUGUCGUCCCAAGGCGCCAACAAAUGGAAAAUGUUAGAUUAAAGAAAAACCAUUAUUUUCCAUAUCAGUAAUACAUAACUUAGUCGUAAAGAUAAGCCAUAGCUUAACUCGAAUGUAUUUUUAAAGUCCUAACAGAACGUAACAUUAAAACUUACUUACUUAAGAUGAAUAUUUGUAUGUCGAGCAAUAAAUCGUUGGAAAAGGCUUUUUGAUCGUCUCAAGGCCAAUUUCGAAAUACUUAGGUUAUUUUUCAAAUAUACAUACUAAUUAAUACACUGCCACAGAAAAACUGUUAAUAAAACCUAAUUGCUAAAAUGUUAAUUAUUGAUAACUUUGUAAUAAAUGUAACUGUUGUCUUUUAACACCA